AUGGACAACAUCGAUCCGGAUUUUGAAGGCCGUGUUCUGGUCGUGGCCAACCGUGUGCCCAUAUCUAUAAAGGUCACUCCAGAAGGUGAUUUCGAGUACAGCAUGUCCUCCGGUGGCCUAGUGUCUGGACUCAAGGGCCUGGCCAAAGCGGUCGACUUCAAGUGGUUCGGCUGGCCGGGCAUCGACGUGCACCGCAAUGAUAAAGACAAAGUACGCCGACAUCUGCAAGACAACUUUAACGCCGUCCCCAUCUUCCUAGCCGAAAAUCUGGCCGAAAUGCAUUACAACGGCUUCUCAAACUCAAUCUUGUGGCCCUUGUUGCAUCGCAUGCCCGACAGGGCCGGCUCAGAUCAGAGAUGGUCCAAGGCGUAUCAAGAGGUCAAUGAAAUUUUUGCCGACAAUAUCGUCCCCUAUGUGGAGGAUAACGACAUUAUCUGGGUCCACGACUACCACCUCCUGCUCCUGCCCGGAAUCCUGCGUGAGCGGCUGCAAAAGAAAAAGAAUCUCAAAAUCGGAUUCUUCUUGCACACUCCUUUUCCCACGGAGGACUAUUUCACCAUUCUGCCGUUCCGCGAGCAGAUUUGCAGGAGCCUGCUCCUUUGUGACGUGGUCGGCUUCCACACGAACCAGUACGCCAAGGACUUUCUGGAGAGCGCGCGCAUCGUCCUUGAGGGUGUGUCACAAUCCCCAAGUGACCUACACUGGAACGGGCGCAAGGUGAUCGUACAUGGCUUCCCUCUCGGCAUUGAAGCAGACGAGUGGAAACAGAAACUGGAGACCGACGCUGUCAAGCAGGAAGUGGCCAAACUGCGGAAUGAGUUUGAUGAGCAGAUGAUCAUUCUCGGAGUUGACAGACUCGACUAUAUCAAGGGCAUUCCACAGAAAUUGCGCGCUUUUGAUCGCUUUCUGACAGACCACCCGGAGUGGGUGGGUAAGGUGACCAUGGUCCAACUGGCAAUUCCCACACGAGAAGAUGUGGACACGUAUCGAAAGUUGCGCGAGGAAGUCGAGCUACUUGUUGGACGCAUCAAUGGCAAGCACGCAACAUUCAAGCACACGCCGAUCCACUAUCUACACCGGUCAGUGAAGCCGGACCAGCUCUGUGCUCUCUACGCAGUCUCGGAUGUAUGCAUCAUCUCCUCUAUCCGCGACGGCUUGAACCUGGUGAGCUACGAAUAUGCGGCGUGCCAGGAAGAACGCAAGGGCGUCCUACUGAUGUCGACCUACGCGGGGGCGAUCAAGACCCUGCCCCCGUCUUCGGUGAUCCUUCUCAAUCCCUGGGACACACCGCGGUUUGCCGAGAGAAUCAACCAAGCAGUGAACAUGGGUAUGGAAGAGAGGGCGCAGAGACACAAGGAGAUGAUGCAGGUGGUGGACACUUGGACCAGUGUCAAAUGGGGCAAAGCCUUCCUUCGAACCUUGAUGGCCAUGGAAAUCCCCCACGACACUGAGAUGCCCGACCGCGACCCGCUGGAGCAAUGGACUUCAGAGAUCCCAGAUUCGGAGACGGGCAAGAUCCAACCCUAGCCCAGUGUCGCGGCGAGAGAGUCAGAACUUGUUCCCUUCCUCUUUGACUGAACCAUCCUUCAUUAGCACCUGCAGAACCCUUGCGAAAAGGGGGACUCAGAUAGGCAUCCGAGCGAGUGGCGUUGAGUUUUGUUUUUCCUUAGCGUUUGGUACACUAUAUCUCUGUCCAAGAAUUAUG